UUUUUUCUCGAUUUCAGGUUUUUCUUGAACUUUCAGGCACAUCUUUUCGCGUAUCUCUGGAGAUUUAACCGACCCGGAGCAGACCCUUGCUUCUGUUGCUCUUUUUCAACGUUUACAUCCCCUCCGUUUCCCUUCGUCGUUGCACACCGUAUACACGAGAGCCUCGUCGUAGAACGCAUUCUCGGAAGUCGCAUGCACACCCGCGACAGUCGACAUCGACGGCUGUCCAAUUGCAAGACACGAGUUUCUUCUUUCUUUCCUUUCGACCUCACUUCUAUCUGUGCCUGUCGCCUUUCCCUCGUGCUUCUUCUGCAAGGCACAGCGGUGAAACCCCCUCAUCCCGCCUUCGCGACGUCGUUUCUCGGGCAAUUCCCUGUCCUCUUUCGGCGGCCUUCGUCUUUCGCUUUCUACGUAUUUUUUCGCGCGACGACUUCUUCUGGCUCCCCCAUAUUUCUCUUGUUUUCGCUUCCACUCUCCCACGAUGGUGGUGAUUCAGCUGCGUAUGAAGGCCGAUCUGGAAAACGUCGACAGCAUCGAAAUACCCGCGGGCCAUACCUGGGUCCUUGACGUGAAGCAAGCCGCGGGAGAAGAAGUUCGAGAGCGAGUUACUGUAUCUGAAUCUGAGACACAGGACAUCCCGAACAGCAGGGGAACGGCGAACUUCGUCGUGCGGUGGGACGGCAGCAAGCAGGCUGCGACUCUCAAUGUGCAGGAUGUAAAGAAGGUCACGCGACGCACGUACACCGCCGAGGACAGCGGGAAAUUCGUUUCCAUCGUCGCUUUCGAAUGUCGAGGCCUGGAACCUGUGCGGUGGUACCCGGCAGACGGUUACAUCGUGAAGAGCAAACGAGCGACGUUCAAGGAUGCCGACCUCUCGGAAGACUGGGCUGAAUAUGACCAGGACGCCAAUCUGUCGCUCGGCAUCUACAACGUGGAAUGGCAAUUCCAAGUGUCUCGAUGAGAGUCCAUGUUCUGUGUUUUCUGUCAACGUCCUCGCUGGAUCUGUUCUCCUCCACUCGGCUUGCUUUACGCCACCUUCCUCAGCAUGUCGCGUUCUUUCGCUUUAUCACGGCGACCUCCUGCCGUCGCGGCCGCUGCCCGGAUUGGCUUGCGGCACUGGCCUAGAUUUUUUGUAUCAACGAUACGAAGCCGUCACGAGUUUCGAUCGGCUGGAACCGAAGAACAGAUUCGCACUGCUGACCUUGGCUUGCCUGCGCAUGUUUCGCGUCCUAGCUCGGGCGCUGUAAGAGUUUUUUUCCUUUCUGCGCUUCGUCUGGACCGUCCGCCGUCUCGAGCUGAGUGAUAGCCGAAGCCCCUUCAAGAAUGCCUACACCCUUUCACAAGGAGCCUCCACCAUUUCACAGCAUGGUCCACUCUCUCACUGCUGCUGAAACGCUUUCACAAACGUCCCUGUUCUCUCUAGUUUUCUUCCGUUCACUCGCAGCGGCGCGGCAGCACCUGCGCAUGUUUUUCACACUUGCUGCUUCCGUUCAUCUCUGCAAGGUGGACUUCGUUAGUCUCAACUCCAGAUAUACAGUCGUUGACUCCUGCGAAUUCAAUCGCAGUCUUCACUAUCAUAUACGAUGUUUUUACUGCUCCGCGCAGUCAACCAGAUGCAGUUAGGAACGGUCGUUCACCGUCAGACACACCGCUCGCUUGCUUCGCGGCCGUGGCUGUUCUUGGUGCAGCUAAAGGCUUUCUUUUAGCGAUAGGUGCCGGGGCUUGUUCUCUGUCGAUAGCAGAAUGUCUUCCGGGUCUAUCACCAUCCACCAACGAAUGUCGCCUUCACCACAAAGAUGUCUGUGAUUUUGUAUGUUCAACAAUCGAGCCUGACACUCACUCUCACGCAGCGGUGUAUUCUGCCUUCGUUCUUCUGAAUGACCUGCUUCUCUCAUGUCACAUCGAAUUCCACUGUGUCUCUGUUUCAACCUCUCUCUCCUCGGCGUUGAAACAGGUUGCCCACAGAAGUAUAUCUGAACGCGUCUUCAGACAGUGCGAUCAAUACACACAACCGAACCAACAAUGCUCGCUAU